AUGCACGAUUUCAAGUCAAUAAGAACUCUAUCAAUAGUUCCAGUAGAUUUAAAUGCUUUUAUGUGCAUUAAUAUGAGGAUUUUGGCUUCUUUUUAUGAAAUUUUUGGUGAUUUUAAACGAAAAAAUGAAUAUUAUGCUCGUUAUCAAAAAAUGAAAUUGGCAAUGAAAACACUUCAUUGGAAUGAAACAGAUGGAAUUUGGUACGAUUUUGAUUUGGAAAGAUCAGCACAUUCAGCAACAUAUUAUGUUUCUAAUGCUUUACCUUUAUAUGCAAAAUGUUUUGAUGAUGAAGAUGAAACAACUCCUUUUAGAAUAUAUGAUUAUUUGAAGAGAGAGGGAGUGUUAAACUUUACAAAAGGAAUACCUACAUCAUUAGCUAUGAGUAGUGUUCAGCAAUGGGAUAAAGAAAAUGCUUGGCCUCCAAUGGUGCAUAUGAUAAUUGAAGGCUUUCGUACCAGCGGUGAUCAAAUGUUAAUGAAGGCUGCCGAAAAUAUGGCAACACAAUGGCUAAUUGUUAAUUAUAAAUCUUAUGUCACAACUUAUGCAAUGUUUGAAAAAUAUAAUGCUUCUUUAUUAACUGAGGAAUGUGGUGCUGGGGGUGGUGGGGAAUAUGAAGUUCAAGUAAUUUUAACUUUUUUAACGUUGAUUUGUGUUUAA